AAUUUCAUGAGGGUCAUGUCUUUGGGUUCAUUUGGAAAAAUUGCUAUUUGUUGGUCAGUCAUUACAGUCGCUGGUGUGUCUGGGUUUAUUUUGUCGAAAAAUUCUGUAGAUCACCGUCGUUAUCAGGACAUGCAAAUACGUGAACGCAUGCGAAAGUCGAAUACUGGUGAAUACGAACCUGUCGGUGAAAGAAGCUUCAGCGGUUAAAUUAAUUAGCAGUCAUUGUUUACUAAAAUUUUGUUCCCCGGCAACAAGCAGCUGUUUGGAACUAACGCGUAUAGUG